UGGUUGCUUGCCAUUGUAUUACAUUCUCAUUUAAAAGAAUAUGUGUUUGUGCAGGGUGAUGUUAUGAAGAUAGAUUUUAUUGGUAACAGUAGCACCUCGAAAACUUCGGGCGUCACAGUAACUCCGUGCGUAAAUCGACACAAAGAGCGCCGUGUUGCAAAUGUGAGUGUGUGCAGGUUAAGAGCAGAUCUAUGGAAACUGGUUAUUCAUGUACUUGCCGAACAAAAAACUAAUUAGUACGGAAAAGUGCGAUCAAUGGGGUUUAUGAGGGCCCCAUUCCUAUUUUUGCCUUAGACCCCCAAAUCAUUAAAUCCGACUCUGUAGAGACAUAUUAAAAAAGCACGACUUUUUUUUUUGGCAAAAUGUCAGACGGUGUGUAUCGUGACGUCAUGGAAAGCGACGGAAACUGAAGUCACGCACGAAGGGAAAGGCGGGUGUGCAAACUCCUUUAGAAAGAAUCCCAUCAUCGAGAGGCAAAACAUAGGGUAGAACAGUCGCCACUCUCUUGUGACCGUAUUACUUCCUUGGAACUUCUUUCUUGCUUACCUUCGAACUUCAGUCUUUGUUAUCUGAAAUAAAUACCUUACCUUGAAGUUUAAGUUAUAAUUAGUGAAGAACCGGCCAACAGUCUCAGUUUUACCUUACUGAGCACAUGACCAGGAAGAUUCAAGCACUUCUAUUCAAAGUCCAAUGUAUUUAAAAAGCAGAGAAGGAACAGUUGCCAUUUAUUGCAACAUCAAGAUGAAUAUAAAAGAGGAGAUGCAUGAGGCUGACAUAAAUUCUACAGAGAAAAUGACUGUGAGCAUUAAGAAGGAGGACUGUGACGGGGGGUCUGUCCAUCCUAACCAGGAGAGUCUGUGUAUUAAGGAAGAGAAUUAUGAACUGGUAACCGUGGACAUUAAAGAAGAGGCAGAGGAGACGUCUGUCAGGGUUGAGAUGCCAAAACCUGCAAGAAUGGAGUGCACUGAUCUCAAGGUGGGGUCUGAGUCAUUACUGUCUGAAACAAAGAUGGCUGAUGAAAUGUCAUCUGUUAGAACUUGGGAGGAUCAACCAACACCUUCAAACUGGGCCACAAUAACUUUACAAGACAAUGGCAGCUUCUUCUUAUCAUUGCCUCAUAACUCUCUUCAUUAUGAAACACAACAGAAAGCAAAUGACGAAAAUAUGAAGAAAGUGACAUCUGGAUCAGAGGGUGUUGUGAGACCAGCUUCUUUGCAGGAUAAUUCACUGCUUUUUAUGAAACUAACAACGGUAGGUGUGAUCAACACCCAACCUGAAAUGAACAAUACAAAAGACUCUGCCACUGUCCACCAGGAGCAGAGGAAAAGUUCUGAAAAUGAACCUAAUUCCAAGAAUGGCAGUCAGAGUCAAGCACAACAAAAAAUGUUUCAGUGUUCUGAAUGUGGCAAACGGUUCACACGAAUAAGCCAUCUUCAUAAUCAUACUCGAAUUCACACCGGAGAGAAGCCAUAUUGCUGUUCGGAAUGCGGCAGACGAUUCAUCACCAGUAGCAGUCUUCAGUACCACAGAAGAACUCACACUGGAGAGAAGCCAUUUUGCUGUCCCGAAUGUGGCAAACAAUUCAUUACCAGCAGCAAUCUCCAAAUACACGCACAGAUUCACAAUGGAGAAAAGCCAUAUUGUUGUACCGAGUGUGGAACUGGAUUCAUGUGCAAGAGCAGCCUUCAGAAACACAGACGAAUUCACACGGGAGAGAAGCCAUAUUCUUGUUUUGAGUGUGGCAAACUCUUUUCUUAUAAAAGUACUCUUCAGACCCACAUAAUGAUUCAUACUGGAGAGAAACCAUUUUGUUGUUUUGAAUGUGGAAAGGGAUUCACCUUCAAGAGCUGCCUUCAGAAGCACGGAAGAGUUCACACAAAAGGGAAGCGUUGAUAGGAGUGAUGCAGGUGCUACAUCAAGCCUUCAGUCAAAGUAAAGGAGUACAAAUGUCAUGACCAAAGAGUGAGGACCACCACGAAAAAUGUGGAAAACUUUAAACCGGAGCAAAGCAACAUGUUUGUAAAGACUACAUCUGCAGAAUGAAAACUAUCUUCAGGAGUUCCUUAAUUCAACAAGAUUCCAGGUAUGAACCAACUAGUAACUGAUGUUCUGUGGUAAAGCCUUGCAGUCCUAUACUUGGCCAUAGGCUGGACAGCAUAAAGCACGAAAAUUGAUGUAUGAACAUCAACUAAUGCACUGAUCCUUGUAUAUUCCAAGACUUUACAUUCUGAGAUCUAAAAUGAACGUAUGGGUCUGAUUGAAAUGGAUUUAGCAUACAGAUCGGUAAUCAGUAGAUUUUAAUUGUACCUGGUAUAUCCCAAAGUUCAGCACGUACAGAAGGUAAUAAACCAAAAAAGAGCUGAAAUCAUAAAGUGUGGUCAACAAUACAGAAGAAAUGAAGGUGUGAAAGACUCGCUCAUGUUAUCUCCAGUUCACGACAAUCCAGCUCGCUAGGCAGCAGAAACGAAAAGACGAUGGGCAAGGCCACAACUACAGUUGGAUAUAUGCUGCCCUCCCACUCCAGCACCCCGAACAUCAGGAGCUUAGCUUUGUGUCGCUUCCAAUUUGAGGGUUGAGGGCGUCCCCAAUCCCUGGGACCAAAACGUAUUUGCAGUAGAACUUUAAUGCGAUGUACCCAUAUUUAGAGUUCUCACGCAUGUAAUAUUUUUUGGAUGCUGACUUAGAAAAAUAAAAAUAAAAAGCUCAGGCCUGAACAAGCACACGUCUUUUAAGGCUACAUUCAUUGUGCAUUGAAAAGUGAUCCUCUUAUGUUUUCUGAAUUUUCAAGUUCACAAAAGGACCAGAAAAGAAUUCAGUAUUAUUUAUAAAGUCUUUACGUAAAAUAUGUAGAGUUCAUAUUCUGCAUGUCAACGUGAUAGUGAAUAAAUAUCCCAUAAUUCCUUAAAUUGAAGCAGAGAAAAUUUCAUAACCAAUAAGAUCAUAAGAGUACCCAGCAUACAAAAGAAUUUCAGAGAGAAUGCGACGUUGUAGGUAGGUGGAUGCUGGUUGCUGUGGUACCUCACAUGUAUAAGCACGGGAUGACUGUCCUGUCUGUCAGCUGAUGGUUUCAAGAAAGAAAACUGGAAAACGGAGAAUCCUCAGUAGUGUUUUGAGUGCCGGUAUUGCUGCCAGAUCUGCUUGCAGAAACCUGCGAACACGAGACGGGACAAGACUGGGGUGGAGGGUUUGGGUGCAAAAUAGUCUUUUGGAAUGUGGUGUCAUUUAUUCUGAAGAUAUUUGAUUCUAUGCCACUUUUUUUGCUAUCUGCACUAAAAAGAUCUCAGAUAAAAUAUUGGUGGCACAGAUGAUUGAAAAACGUAGAAUUGAGUUUCUAUUUUGGAUUUUGUAAAUCAAAUAUAUGGUUGUACACCUCAUGCUGUCACUGGGCUUUAGGCUCCUGCGCACUUGUGAUUAACAACAUGAUGGUGUUCAUGAAAGAAAAUAACAGCGCUAUAAGAAUUUCCUCAAUGAAAUGGAACAAAGCUGGAGCCGUUUGUAAAUAGUAAUCCAAAAAAUACAAACAGAGAAACCAACAAACAAAAAAAAAAAACCCUAAAGACGGUAAACCCAGACCUGUACUGAGUACCAUUUCCUUCAUUUAACACUUUCUCCAAACCACCCAUCUGGGCGGCCCCUAAAAAACACUACAUGGGAGUCCUACCGUAUUUCUAGCUGGCCUGCCUCUCCACUCAAGUCACAAAUUACACUUUUUUUGGAGACCAAACUAAAUUAAGUUGGUGGUCAGUUUGUUGCAACUGGCAGCAAAAACUGCUGUGUCCUUAACAUAAUAAAUGAGACAUUUUGAAAUUGCA